AUGCUGCCUUCACUUGCCUCGCAUGAGCAGGCAUGAGCACCAUUUUCCCAUUCAUACGCAGAGAAGGCUUGAAAAGAGUGUGGUAGCGCAUGGCUGAGCAUCACUUUCUUCUUCGAUGUGAUUGACAUUGAUGCGAGAGGCUCUUAGAGGAGCGAUCAGGUGCCAUCGGAGGUGAUUGGGAGCCCGUAUGCUCUUCGUCCUAUCGGUUAGAUCUCUUGUCCGGAUGCCAAGCGCCAGUUGCCUAAAAAGCGUAGGGAGCUUGUCGCAGUGUCCCUUAGCAACCCAAGUCUCUGCCACCAUCAAGCAGUCCCGCUCCGUCACUAUCUUGAAACACCACGCCACACUAGACAGCACACUCUGCAAAGCGGGCACGCCUAGUUUCUUUGGCGUCCCGCUCGAGGGCUCGAAAGCCUUCUUGCCUCAGCGCAAGUUGCACACGAGCACCGCAGUGCAGUGCGCCAUGGUCGAGGCUGAAACAAAGGAGGCUCUCUCGAAGUUGACAGUGGACGAUGCAAUGGAGCCCAGCGCCCCCUCUGUCUCGCUGGGCAGUGUAAAGGCACAGGUGGCGGCUCUCUUUGGGGAGGCACUCAAGCGGGGUUUUCCGGAGGAGGCGCCGAGCCCCCAGGUGGCCGCCUGCAACAACCCCAAGUUUGGGGACUACCAGUGCAACAACGCCAUGUCGCUCUUUGCCAAGGUCAAGGGCAAGGGCGAGUUCAAGAACCCACGCGCCGUUGGCGAGGCCAUCCAAAAAGCACUUCCCGAGUCCCCCAUGGUCGCGUCCACAAGCAUCGCAGGCCCCGGCUUUGUAAACCUGAAGCUGAGCACGGAAUGGAUGGAGCAGCGGCUACUGAACGUGCUCAAAGACGGCAUGGCCACGUGGGCACCGCUGCUGCCGUAUAAGCGCGUCGUGGUCGACUUCUCGUCGCCGAAUAUCGCAAAGGAGAUGCACGUGGGGCAUCUCCGGUCGACAAUCAUUGGCGACAGCAUUGCGCGCAUGAUCGAGUACACGGGCGUCGACGUGCUGCGCCGGAACCAUGUGGGCGAUUGGGGCACGCAGUUCGGGAUGCUCAUCCAGUACCUGUUCGAUGAGGCGGGGGGCGCUGACGCACUGACCGACAUCGAGCACAAGAUUGGCGACCUCCAGGUGUUUUACAAGGCCUCCAAGAAGCGCUUCGACGAGGACCCGGACUUCAAGGAACGCUCGCAGCAGGCCGUCGUCAAACUGCAGAGCGGCGACCCCGUUCACCGCAAGGCCUGGGAGAAGAUCUGCGACAUCAGCCGCAAGGAGUUCGAGGCGGUGUACCAGCGGCUGGAUGUGAAACUAGAGGAGCGGGGCGAGAGCUUCUACAACCCGCACAUCCCGGCCGUGCUCAAGAUGCUGGACGACAAGGGCCUGACGACCAUCAGCGACGGCGCCACGUGUAUCUUCUUCCCGGGCCAGAAGGACCCGCUUAUGGUGCGGAAAAGUGACGGCGGGUACAAUUAUGCGUCGACGGACAUGACCGCGAUGUGGUACAGACUGAACGAGGAGAAGGCGGACUGGGUCAUUUAUGUUACGGACGUCGGGCAGAGCAACCACUUCAAGAGCGUCUUCAAGGCCGCCCAGAUGGCGGGCUGGAUCCCCGAGGAGUCCAAGGACAAGGACGCGCUCCCGCCCACGCCACGUGUCGACCACGUGGGCUUCGGCCUGGUGCUUGGCGACGACGGGAAGCGCUUCCGCACGCGCAGCUCUGAGGUGGUGCGCCUCGUGGACCUGCUGGACGAGGCCAAGCUGCGCUGCAAACAGCAAAUGGUCGAACGGGGGCGAGAAGAGGACUUCGGAGCAGAGGAGACGGAGCAUGCUGCAGCCGCCGUGGGGUACGGAGCCGUCAAGUACGCUGAUUUGCAGCAAAACCGGUUGACCAACUACACCUUCUCGUUUGACCGCAUGCUCGAGUUGAAGGGGAACACUGCCGUCUACCUUCUUUACGCGCUCGCCCGAAUCUUUGCCAUCAUCCGAAAGUCCGGCAAGAGCAUCGACGACCUGAAACAGACCGCGCGCAUCGAAUUGGCCCACGAGAAGGAGCUACAACUUGGGCUGCAUCUGCUGCGCUUCUCCGAGGUGGUGGAGCAAGCCAUCAUCGAGCUGAGCCCCAACGGCGUCUGCGAGUUCCUGUACGACCUCAGCGAAAAGUUCAACGAGUUCUACGCCGAGUGCCGGGUGGUGAACUCGCCCGAGGAGUCGAGCCGGCUGCUGUUGUGCGCUGUGACUGCGGAGGUGAUGCAACAAGGGUUCAAGCUGCUGGGCAUCCAGCCGCUGCAGCGCCUGUAGGGAGUCUAGUCGACAAACGCAAUCGGAGAGGGAGAAUCGGAGUUUUAGAAAUACGUGGCAACCUGUACUGCCAGGGUUGCGACGCUAGCGCCAUAGUCAGAGGUCUGCAAGGUCGUGAAGGCCUCCAGAGUGUUCAAAUUUCAUGGUAGUCGAUCAUUGCCGUCGCCACAAGGACGGGGGUUGAUGUCAAUUGCUCAUAUCAGGGUCCUGGAACAUCUUGGCAGAUGGCCUUCUCGGCAUAUCUUGGCAAUCGUCGAGGCGCGAUUGGAUUCGUUCAAGGGCAGGCCGGCGGCGCAGCUCUAACCAGUGGUGACCAUCGAAGUGGUCGCAAGUGCGCAGUGAGUGACAUGAGGUGGCACAUGUGGCAGCCAUGUGUUGGGACUUCAAGCUGGUUAUGCGCGCAGCGGUCUUUUGUAGGCAACCUACGAAUGUGCCAACAUUCAUAUAUGCCAAAUCAGUGCCUGUCGGAUGC